CGUGUUUAUUUAUCUGUGGUUGUCAUCUGAACAUGGAACACAGGGAAGCCUGCGCAACUAUUGCGUGACUUUUGCUCGCGCGCGUAAAUUACAUAUGCUGGUCAGCGGCUAUGCACAAUUCAAUCCAAGAUGGCGGUUGUGGAGGACACUCCUGGAAGAGUGAAGACACUUCUUACAAGCUUYUUACAGUCAUCUGCCGCCGAGCUAGGUGCAAGCAAUCAGUCAGACCCAUCUCCAAAGGCAUCAUUGUCAGCAUGYCAGCCAAGAAGUAAAGAAGCAUUUUGGACUAGAGUGGAGACUUUUUCUCCUUUUACAUGGUUUGCAAAACCUCUUGAACUUUCACCCUUGUACUGUUCUCUGUAUGGCUGGGAAAACGUAGAUGUUGACAUACUCCGUUGUGUUAGUUGUAAAGCUUGCAUUGAUGCAACCAUGCCAUCAAACUGGGAUCCUGAAAUUUUUACUAAAAGUUGUCAAAACCUGAAAGACUCUCUCAUUACUGGUCAUACAAAGCUUUGUCCUUGGCCAGAUAACCCAUGUCCAGAUGCAUUUGUUCAGCUUCCAAUGUACACACAGGAUCAGUGGAAAAAAGACUUUGUAGUUCGAUGGCAUUCAUUACUGUCAUUAGGAGUGAAUCUGCCUGUACUUGACGACAUUGCAUACAGUGACAUGGAUGAAGUCACUGAUGAACAUGUAGCUGGGUUGCAGCAACUUUUCCAAACAGAUGGAAAUGAAUUAGUGYUUAGCAACGAAACACAGAGCACAAGACAAGUGAUCAAAAUAUCAAGCCUUAUCGCACUUUGUGGAUGGAAUAACAGAAAUAGCCAGGCUGAAGCAGAACACUCGACCUUAUUCUGUACCAUGUGUAGAAGAGAACUUGGGUUAUGGAACUUCAAGCCCUUGAAKGCAUCUGAAAMUGAAGAAAAUCUUCCAGAUAGUUCCUUGCAACGCUCAAAGUCUACUGCUAAACAUUUKACAGAAGGAAGAUUUCAACAGUCUCCUCAAGAGUUUGAAUCUAUGGAUAUGACUCAGCAGACUUCAAGCAGCUCMGUGUCGAUUGAAGAUGAAACUGAGAACAUUAGGACUUUCGCUGGUGUUAARAGAACAAAUAAAGGAUACAUGAACACACCACUUUCUGGUUCAACUCCCAGUAUUGAUAUAGAGGAAUGYAUGGACAUUGAAGAAAAACUCAAACUAAAGGCAGACGUUAAAGACGUCUUCAUGCAAAGGACAGACCCAGAGGAGCCUCACAUGAACUUGAGUGAAACAAAUAUCAGAGAGGCUCCUCGGGAAUCGUUACUUCUUAAGAGACUUGUAUCAGGGCGGGAUAGCCCUAUUCGAGGUAAACUCAAUACAGAAGGCUUACCAUAUCGGUCACCUCUGCAUUCGUCGAUAUCGGAUUUAUCAGAAAAAGGACACUGUGAGUCGCUUUGUGUAGAGGUCGAAGAUGAAAGUCUUACAGAAAAGUUACAAGCUGUUGAAUCAGAAUUGGAGUUUAUGGCGGGUCAAAGUACAACAGACCGGGAAGAUUAUGCCCCUGAUAUAAAGAGGAUAAGAUUGGAGGAUUUAGAACAGACGAAAUUCAAUCCUCUGUCUGAACAUCGCAGCUGGUGUCCUUGGGUUACCUGUGUGAUUACCGAAAAGACCCAUAAUACGUCUGAGUCUGUUAGUGGAUGGAGGAUGCUUCUUCAUACGGUUUUACCUUCUUUUUAUCCUGAAAAGAUACAAAGUUUUACUAAUGUUCCUCCUCGAGACGCUUGGAAGCCAGUGAAGCUUCUCUUAAAUGAAUGUACAUCUUCGCCAUAAAGCCAAGUACAAAAUCUUUCACAAGUGAAGAAUUUUACUCUCCAGAUUAACAUUAUUCUUAGGAAGCUGUAAUUCUUCGAUAAGUGAAGUAUUUAUGCACCACAGGUUGACUURCAUCAUCAUAGCAUAAGCUCUUAGCUGUUGGACAAAUGAAGUACAUGUAUAUCUUKUCACUCCAGUUUGACAUGCAGUGAAAAUGCAUUGAAAGCCGCACUAAACCAAGGGGUCACUAUAGAAUAAGCGGAACCACAGUGGAAAACAAAUGGCCUGUCAUGAUUUUACAAGCAAAGAGAGUACCACAUAAGAGUACCAGACUCAAUUAGCACCAUUUCACAAAUCUAUUCUGACUGAAGGGCUCUUAAAAGCUCUAAACUUUGACCCAUUUCCCAUAAAUCUCCAGUUUCGARAUCUUAUACGUGCAGCCUUAACCUCGAAAGCAUGCAAUAUAUUCUUAUUCAGCAGAGAUCCUAUUGCAAUGCAAAAACUAUGUGUACAAGGAAGGCAAAUGCCCUAUUUCRUUAUGACGUCACAGUAUGUUUACAUCGGACAACGAUGCUCAAAAACAGUGGAAAUUUGGACCCGU